UUAAUUGUGCAAAUUAGGUUGUACACUUAUCUGUCAGCCUGCUCGAUCUACAAUCAUAUUCGGGUAACCGAUCACGUGGUUCAGCUUUUCCUUCCUCAAUCAUUUGAAAUAACGAUGACCAAACCCACAAUCCACUUAACGAUCAACAACCCAUGAGUUGAAUCUUUGUUAAUCAUCAGCAAUGAAAGGUGGGGUUUCUGCCCCUGGUGAUUACAUCUACUUCAAGUCUCAGGUUCCUCUACACAAGAUCCCUAUCGGCACAAAGCAAUGGAGAUAUUAUGAUUUUGGUCCUAAAGUAGUGCCGCCACUGAUAUGUAUUCCUGGCACUGCUGGCACCGCUGAUGUGUAUUACAAACAGAUCAUGGCACUAUCAAUGAAGGGUUAUCGAGUAAUUUCUAUUGAUAUUCCUCACGUAUGGAACAACUAUGAGUGGCUUCAAGCAUUUGAGAAGUUUUUGGAUUUUAUAGAUGUCCACCGUGUACAUCUUUAUGGCACAUCCCUAGGGGGAUUUUUAGCACUUCUUUUUGCGCAGCAUAGACCACGGCGCGUAAAGUCAUUGGUACUCUCGAAUACGUUUUUGGAAACCAAAUAUUUUGCGGCUGCCAUGCCUUGGGCUCCUGUUGUUAGUUGGACCCCUUCUUUUCUGCUGAAACGAUACGUAUUAACAGGAAUCAUGAGCGGUCCACAUGAACCAUUUAUUGCCGAUUCUGUGGACUUUGUUGUUGCACAGGUUGAGACCCUCUCAAGGGAGGAUUUGGCUUCAAGGUUGACGUUAACAAACGAUGAUGCAUCGAUUGGACCGCUCAUGCUUUCAGAUUCUUUGAUCACUAUAAUCGAUACAAACGACAAAUGCGCAAUCCCACAACAACUGAAAGAUGAAGUAAGCGAAAGGUUUCCUGGUGCACGAAGAGCCGACAUCAAAAGUGGUGGUGAUUUUCCGUUUCUUUCACGCCCAGAUGAAAUUAAUCUUCAUCUCAAGCUGCACCUGAGACGGGUUGGUGUAGAAGCUCGAGAAGACCUGGUUCCCGGAACUCCAAAGGCUAGCGAUGAUGAUGGUGGCAGUGGUGGUGGCGGCUCGGGUGAACCAAAAGAUGAUAGAGAAGAUACCGACGAUGCUCCAAAUGGGGACAGAUCAAAGUCGAACCGCGGUGCCCCUUCUAGCAAUGACAGUCAGCCGCCACUUGUUCCUGAAAGUGAUGAUUCCCCCAAUCCAGACGAUCAGCCGAAAGGUGGCAGCCCUCUUGAAGGAUUUUCUGAGAUCAUGGUCAUAAGUUUAUUGCAUUUGUUGGUGAAUUUUUUUGUUAUUUAUUAUCAGCAGCUUCCUGUUGGUUUGUUAACUUUGUACAUCACCAAUAAGCAUCAUCCCAUGAUUCUCAUGUAAAUGAUUUGUUUCUGUUUGUAAAAUGUUGAUUAAUUUUUUAGAUAUGUGCAAGUAAAUUGGAUA